GCCCGAUAGUAAGGGAAGCGCGCGCUCUCAGAUUCUCUCCAUCCGGGUCUCUAUGCUUUUGAGACUUGUCGGUGCUGCGGGUCGGUAAAAGAAGGCGGGAAUGGCGACUGUAGAAGCAGCGGAGGAACUGAGAAGAGACUGUUUUUAAAUAAUGAAAAAUACAUAAGAUCACGAAAAAGACAGUGGAAAAGGGAACCUGUGCUACAACCCUUACGUAAUCAACCACCUGGGUUCGGUCCCUGAGCUGCUUGACCGGGAAAGAAGGUUCCUAUUUAGCGAGCCAGGCCAAGCACCACUGCGAAGCGAUUCCUAGUACUGCACAGGGACCAGAGAGACAGCCAUCAAUUACACAUAGUGCUGGGUGAUGAAAUCUGGAUUCACCACUACAGUCUAGAGUCAAAAGCCCAGUCAAUGAGGAUGGAGAGGUUGACCCCACACUCCUUUUUCAUGUGACGCUUAAAAAGAUGAGGCUGAGAAUGCGGAAGGCUUCUCAGCAGUCAGCUCCAGUAAAUGUACAGCGCACACCAAGAACCAAACGGAAACAUUCAGAAGUUGAGGAGUGUGUGCAAGUAACAGGAGGAAAACCACAGAAAAAUGAAACUGGCUUGCUUUCUUCAAUCAAAAAAUUAAUCAGGGGAAAUGCCAAGACAGAGCAAGAAAAUCCUCCAAAAAAAAGCAGAAUUGAGUGUGAUUUAGAUAGCAACUUAAUAUCAUCAACACCUCAGACUGGUGACUUGCCUAAUAAACACCUGUCCAGGGUUAGACGGAAAAGCCCUAUCAAUGGAGAAGCCACCAAUCACAAUACAAACAAACACGUAAAGCCUAACGGAAAGCUAGAAGAUCCCGCUGACACAACUGGUAGUCCUCAAAGGACAACGUUGCUGGGAACCAUCUUUUCACCUGUGUUUAAUUUUUUUUCACCAGCAAACAAAAAUGGAACCUCAGGUUCCGAUUCUCCAGGACAAGCCGUUGAGGCUGAAGAAAUUGUUAAACAAUUGGAUAUGGAACAGGUAGAGGAGAUGCCUACAAGUACUGCAACCUCUACUGAAGAUGUGGCUUACCAGGAUAUCCCAAUUCGUUCCUCUACAGAGAAUGGCUCAGAAGAGGGAGAAAUUACAUCAGAUGGUGACCUUCCACCAUUAACAGCUCCAGGGUCAGUCCAAGACAGUGGCUAUUCUGAAGCAUCUGCUGCACCUCCCGAAGGAACGUAUGAGGAAGAUUGGGAGGUUUUUGACCCGUACUAUUUUAUCAAGCAUGUCCCACCUUUGACAGAAGAACAGCUAAAUCGGAAACCAGCCCUUCCUUUGAAGACACGAAGCACACCAGAGUUCUCACUGGUUUUGGACCUGGAUGAAACUUUAGUGCAUUGCAGCCUGAAUGAGUUGGAGGAUGCAGCACUUACAUUUCCUGUUCUCUUCCAAGAUGUUAUAUAUCAGGUUUAUGUUCGUUUGAGACCAUUCUUCAGAGAGUUCCUGGAGCGCAUGUCACAGAUUUAUGAAAUCAUCCUUUUCACUGCCUCUAAGAAGGUAUAUGCAGAUAAACUCCUUAAUAUCCUGGAUCCAAAAAAGCAGUUGGUUAGGCACAGACUUUUUCGUGAACAUUGUGUUUGUGUCCAAGGAAACUACAUAAAGGACCUAAAUAUUCUUGGGAGGGAUCUGUCAAAAACAAUUAUUAUUGACAAUUCACCACAGGCCUUUGCAUACCAGCUUUCCAAUGGGAUUCCUAUAGAGAGCUGGUUUAUGGAUAAAAAUGAUAACGAACUCCUGAAACUGGUUCCAUUUUUGGAGAAACUUGUGGAAUUGAAUGAGGACGUCAGACCUCACAUCAGAGAGCGGUUUCGCUUGCAUGAUUUACUUCCUCCUGACUGAACAUAAAGCCAAAUUAAGCCCUCAGAAAUCCAUCUAAAACAAACAGAAAUACAUUAUGUGAAUCUCUGGAAGGGGAAGAACCCUACAGGACCCCCUGGACUACAAUUAAAAAUAUCGCCAUUACUGUUGAAAUUUGCAAUUUGUAUAUCACAUUGCUUUUCUUAUAUUUGACGUCAAAUACAAAACCAGUCCAGGAUUUACUCAGAGACUUGUUUAGAGACAACUGAAGUAAACAACAACUUAGCAUUCAGUUUACAGGCCUUUGGAAGACAAAUUAGGGGCUGUCAGUUAGAGGUGUUCUAACUUGACAAACGGAGAUUCCAACUGUUUUUUCUUUUGCUGAGAAGAGUUUGUGAUGUUGAAAGGAAAAGAACUAUUCCCUACUUGGUGCUCAACUUUUGUUGCCACUUGGUGACUUUAGACUCUCAUUUCAACAGGAAUGGCCAGUAAAGAUUUGUUUUAUUUUUAUUUUUCUUUGUUCAAAUUUUUAAACUUUUUACCUUUUACUUAUAUUAGACUAGAAUUUCAUUAUGCAUUCCUUUUAGUUGAGACGCUUCUUAGAUUAAUCUGGUUAUAGCCAACAUUUUUUCAUAUGUAUUUGAAUUGGCGUUUUCCUGCUUUGUCUGCCUGCAUAAUGUAUAUUUGUUAAAAUAAAAAAAAUAUUCUAUAGUUUUAGUCCAAGUCAGUUCAAAAAGACAUUAUGUUCCUGUAUUAAAAUAUUUCAGUGUACUUUAAUGUUGUAUAAAAGUUCAUACAGAAGAGAUCAUUGAGAGCAGUUUAAACCAUAGUGAUGGCUUGUAAAUUGGAAGGCAGAGGAAGUUUUCAAACAACCAGUGUGUCAUUGGUUGUAAGUGAAGUUCAGAAGUAUUUCUUAAACUGAAUUUUAAAAUAUAUACAGUAUGUUACCUAUGGGGGGGAUAUUCUCAUUAUCUUGGGCUGCUUUACAGUUUUUCACUCCUGCAUAUUGAGUUUACCCUUAGUUUAAUAGCUAUGUUUUUACAUCACAGAUCUUUCUUGCCAUUAUUAAAGGCUUUUCAUAAAAA